AAGGGGCGAGGCGGGUCCUGGGGUGCUGCGCUCCAAUUGGCUGCUGUCCCAGGGAGUGGGGCCUGAGCCUAUUUCCCGCGGCCGCCCUGAGCCUGCCACAGCCGCUGCCCACACCGCCAUCAGCGCGUUCACUGCCAUCCCCGCUGUCCUUGCAGCCCCCGCCAUGGGCCUAGAACUGUACCUGGACCUGCUGUCCCAGCCCAGCCGCGCCGUCUACAUCUUCGCCAAGAAGAAUGGCAUCCCCUUCGAGCUGCGCACUGUGGAUAUUAUCAAAGGACAGCACAGAAGCAAGGAGUUCUCCCAGAUCAACAGCCUGCAGAAAGUGCCUGUGCUCAAGGAUGGUGAUUUCAUCUUGACUGAAAGCUCAGCCAUCCUGAUCUACCUGAGCUGUAAGUACCAGACGGCGGACCACUGGUAUCCAUCUGACCUGCAGGCUCGUGCCCGUGUUCAUGAGUACCUGGGUUGGCAUGCUGACUGCAUCCGCGGCACCUUUGGUGUACCCAUGUGGGUCCAGGUGUUGGGGCCACUCAUUGGGGUCCAGGUGCCCGAAGAGAAGGUGGAACGCAACAGGACUGCCAUAGACCAGGCCCUGCAAUGGCUGGAGAACAAGUUCCUGGGGGACAGGCUCUUCCUUGCUGGCCAGCAGGUGACGCUGGCUGAUCUCAUGGCGCUAGAGGAGCUGAUGCAGCCGGUGGCUGUUGGCUACGAACUAUUCAAGGGACGGCCACAACUGGCAGCAUGGCGUGAACGAGUGGAGGCUUUCCUGGGUGCUGAGCUGUGCCAGGAGGCCCACAGCAUCAUCUUGAGCAUCCUGGAACAGGCGGCCAAGAAAACCCUCCCAACACCCCCACCAGAGGCCUAUCCGACUAUGCUACUUCGAAUUGCCAGGAUCCCCUGAAGGGUCUGGGAUGGGGCCCAGGAGAUUCGCCAUGAGGAUUCAUUCUGUUACUUACUUGCCCCUGUUUAUCUUUCCAUCUUGCCCCAGUCCCUUGUCUCCAGCUUCAUGUGAAGCUCUGCACAGGCAAGACUGGGUCCUUGGCAGUGCUGCUUCUCCUUAGGUACAGCAUACAUAACCAGUAAGAGACUAAAUCUGCAAUACAUAAAAAACUCCUACAAAUCAGUAACGUGAAGAACACUCAAAAAUUGGCAAAUGUCAUCAGUGUUUUAAAUAUAAUAAAGAUUCCAAACACUUUGAAUAGGAAA